AACAAAAUAAAAUCCCAAAUCUUCUCUCCUUGUCAAAACCAAGAAACUUCCAAGAUCUGUUGAAAACCAUGGAAGAACGAGGCCUUUUCAAUUGCCGCUUCAGCGAGAUUAAUAGUGGCAUGACCAUGAAUAAGAAGAAGAUGAAGAAGAGCAAUAAUCAGAAGAGGUUUAGUGAGGAACAGAUCAAGUCACUUGAGGUUAUAUUCGAGUCCGAGACGAGGCUCGAGCCGAGGAAGAAGGUGCAGUUAGCUCAAGAGCUAGGGCUGCAACCAAGACAAGUGGCGAUAUGGUUUCAGAACAAGAGGGCUCGUUGGAAAUCUAAACAGCUUGAGAAAGAGUAUAGCAUUCUUAGAGCCAAUUACAAUAAUUUGGCUUCACAAUUUGAAAUCAUGAAGAAAGAAAAGCAGGCACUGGUCUCUGAGUUGCAGAGACUAAAUGAAGAGAUGCAAACGUCAAAAGAAGAAAGGCAUCAUCCUGAGUAUUGUGGUGAUCAAGGAGUGGCUCUAAGCAGCAGCACAGAGUCAGAUAAUGGAAAGUGUGAGCUAGAAGUUAGGCUAAAUCAAGGGGUUGUGAUGUGUAAUGACGACAUUAAGACAGAGUACUUUGGAUUCGAGGAAGAGACAAAUCAUGAGCUCAUGAACAUUGUAGAACAAGCUGAUGAUAGUUGCUUGACUUCAUCUGAUGAUUGGAGAGGUUUCAAUUCUGAUUCUCUUUUAAACCAAUCUAGCAGCAACUACCCUUGGUGGGAUUUUUGGUCAUAAAAAAAGCAUGAAUGAAGAGAAAGAGUGUGUACAGCUUUGUAGAUUUGUGUUGAAGAAAAAUAAAUUUUCUUUUUCUUGCAA